AGGAAAUUUCUUCUGCCUUGAGACUGGGUAGUCCGACAGCAUUCUACAGUUGCAAGUAAUCGUUGGUGUCUCAGGGACAAUGUGAAGAUAUUUUUCUGGAAGAAAACGCCCACCAGGUUCCUCCGCCCACCCGAAACCUGUUGGAUGCCAGAGAGUUUGUCACUUGCUACUAGACAAGUGCGGCCCUUCUCCACCUCCGCAAGGAGGGACGCGACAACUGACAGCAUGAUGCUGAUCCCUGAAGAAUGAUUUGUGGACUUUGGCCAAACACAAUUCAGCCGCAAGUUCAAAAUAUUCCUGCCUCUCCUACCCGAAAGGAGAGAAGUGAGGGAUUACUUCAGAGUCACCAGCCAAGUCUAUUGGAAGGUUAAGUGAAGGGGAGAAAUCACUCUGAAAAACUAUAGUCGGCUAUUGCAGAUCCUGGUCAAGAAUGAACGCAAAGGAUCCAAAAGUGACAGAAGGAGGCCUCAACGUCACACUCACCAUACGACUUCUCAUGCAUGGAAAGGAGGUUGGGAGCAUCAUUGGAAAGAAAGGUGAAACUGUUAAGAAGAUGAGGGAGGAGAGUGGUGCUCGGAUCAACAUCUCCGAAGGGUCCUGCCCAGAAAGAAUUGUGACCAUAACAGGCCCAACAGAUGCCAUCUUUAAGGCUUUUUCUAUGAUUGCACUAAAAUUCGAAGAAGAUAUCAAUGCUUCAAUGACAAACAGCACGGUGACGAGUAAGCCACCAGUAACCCUGCGACUUGUCGUCCCCGCAAGCCAAUGUGGGUCCCUUAUAGGCAAAGGAGGAUCCAAAAUCAAAGAAAUCAGGGAGUCCACAGGGGCCCAGGUGCAAGUCGCGGGGGAUAUGUUACCAAACUCCACGGAACGCGCCGUGACUAUAUCGGGUACUCCUGACGCCAUUAUUCAGUGUGUAAAGCAAAUCUGCGUGGUUAUGCUUGAGUCUCCACCCAAAGGUGCAACCAUUCCUUACCGCCCCAAGCCGGCCUCUGCACCUAUAAUUUUUGCAGGUGGCCAGGUAAGAGCAGACACGAUUUUGGCUUCAGCUGGAAACCACACUGUCCUGGCCCAACCUCAGCCAGCGCCUGCCUUUACCAUUCAGGGGCAGUACGCGAUCCCUCAUCCAGAUUUGACCAAGCUUCACCAGUUGGCUAUGCAGCAUCCCCCCUUUACUCCCCUUGGGCAGACCACCCCUGGUUUCCCCGGAUUGGAUGCCAGUACUCCAACCAGUUCUCAUGAGCUCACCAUUCCAAAUGAUUUAAUAGGGUGCAUUAUUGGCAGACAAGGCAGCAAGAUAAACGAAAUCAGGCAGAUGUCAGGAGCUCAGAUCAAGAUUGCAAAUGCCACAGAAGGCUCGGCGGAACGGCAAGUAACAAUCACGGGAUCACCUGCAAACAUCAGCCUAGCACAGUACCUCAUUAACGCAAGGCUCUCUUCAGAAGUAAUGUGUCCCAGCAUGCUCUAGGGCAUGAACUGCCUGACAGGACUUUUCCCAGGCCCCCUGAGACAGUGCUUUCUGUGGACUAAUCGGCAGAGGAAAUAGCGGCCAUUUCUAACUUGGUCAUUCCGAGAUCUCAAUAAUAAACACUUUUACUCGUGAAGCAACCGGGCUUCCUCACUCCUAGGGUUGCUUUUCAUCACUGUUCUGAGUUAACGAUCCAGAGCUCAACGACAUGGAGCCAAAAUAAUUUUUUUUAAGAGAAAAUUUGUUGGUGUUCAUGCUUGGGCUGGUCUGAAUGAAGCGGGGAUGUUGGGUAUUUUUAAACCACUGUGCAGAUUUGACGGUAAAUGAAACAAGCUGUUUUUAUAAAUAAAACAUUUUCCUGACUUUGAAAAAAAAACAACGUCAUAGCUUUGUGCAUACAUGCAGCCACUGUGUUUUUAACUUUGCUUGUAACAGAGUUGUUGAUUUGUCACUUUAAACACAGUUUUUGCGACUUUGUCACCACUUGAGUUCGUUAGACAUAUGGCUUGUUUUUCAGUAACGAUUAAAAGAUUUUAACAUCAUUGCAAUUAAGACCCCAGUGCUUAUUGGGAAAGAGCAUUACACAAU